GCUUUACAAUGGUUCCCUAUGCUUUACCACACCUCUCUGUGCUUUACAAUGCUUCCCUAUGCUUUACCAGACCUCUCUGUGCUUUACAAUGCUUCCCUAUGCUUUACCAGACCUCUCUGUGCUUUACAAUGCUUCCCUAUGCUUUACCAGACCUCUCUGUGCUUUACAAUGCUUCCCUAUGCUUUACCAGACCUCUCUGUGUUUUACAAUGCUUCCCUAUGCUUUACCACACCUCUCUGUGCUUUACAAUGCUUCCCUAUGCUUUACCAGACCUCUCUGUGCUUUACAAUGCUUCCCUAUGCUUUACCAGACCUCUCUGUGCUUUACAAUGCUUCCCUAUGCUUUACCAGACCUCUCUGUGCUUUACAAUGCUUCCCUAUGCUUUACCACACCUCUCUGUGCUUUACAAUGCUUCCCUAUGCUUUACCAGACCUCUCUGUGUUUUUCAAUGCUUCCCUAUUUAAUUAAAACGGGUCCUCGCCCCGUUUGCCUUCUCGUUUCUCUUGUAAGGUUAUUUGAUAUCGUGCUGUGGGAUUAUGAAAUGCAGCUGUCGCGGGCUGGUGUGUUUUUUUUUUUUUCGAAGAUAGAAAUGUCGGGUCGUUUAAGACACAGACAGGCGGCGAACGCAGCCGGCAAAAUCGAAGAGAACGUCAACGAGAGAAUUCUAUCGGAAUGUCACGCGCUGUACGCCGACCCCAAGAACGGUGAGACGCGAAUACUGCCGGGCUGGUGAAGGCAGCUGCAGCUCUGGGGCUCCCCCUGCUGGCUCCACGGAAGAAGAUCAGCAUCAUGUUGAUGGGGAAUCACUCAGCGGGGAAGAGCUCCUUCAUUAACUGGUACGUGGGCGAGCAUAUUCAGCGGACGGGGGUUGCCAUAGAAACACAGGGCUUCACGUUUGUGACGAGCGGGCGAAGGAGAGAGUCGCUGACGGGGAACGCAACGUUACACCUCUACCAACACUUUCAAAAACUAGAAGAGAUCACAGGUGUGUCGGACUACCUGUCUACGGAGAUCUCCACUUCCAGAGAGAAGAGGUUCGGGCUGGUCACCUUCAUCGACACGCCGGGGCUGGUGGACGGAGACAUGAAGUAUGAAUUCGACGUGGAGAGAGCCUUGCUCUGGCUGGGUGAUCAAGUGGACCUGGUGUUUGUGUUCUUUGACCCGAUGGGUCAGGCGCUGUGUAAACGCACCCUGAAUAUCGUGGAGCGACUGAGCGAGGAGAACGGAGAGAAGAUGAGGUUCUACCUGAGCAAAGCAGACGAAGCAGGGGAUGAGAGCGACAGACAGAGAGUCAUGAUGCAGAUUGUGCAGGAGUUGUGUAAGAGACCAGGACUGAACAAGUGUGGCUUCGACAUGCCCACGAUAUACAUCCCGGACCCAGCGAAGCCGAGCCGCUGUCUCAAUCAGAUUGAUGGUGUGUGCACAACGAUCGAGAAGACCAUCGACCAAUCGGUGCAGAGCUCUCUCAAUCACCUGGAGCGAGACUGUGACAUCAUCGCAGAGAGCGCGGAGCGCAGACUGAGGGAGGACAGUUAUCAGGCAACACUGAACAGGAAGAUAUGGAUUAAGCACUUCCUGUUUGGUUGCCUGGGUUACCUGCUGCCCCUGUGUUUCCUGGCCAGCUUUGUGAUUGGCUGUUUCUCUGACGACAGCCUGACUGACAUGGCAGGGCCUGAUAUAGCACACGCCCUCCGCGUUUAUACCGAGGUUGUGUCUGUGCUGUGGGGCUGGCUGGCUCAGGACAGUUACCUUUGGGGUGUGUUCGUGAUCCUGGGCUCUUCUGGGCUGUUUCUCCUAUUGGCACGGUUUUACAGCAGAACUGAACCCACUCUCUCUCGCAGACAGAAGCGGAAUCUCAGAGAAACACACGCUUACAUUCAGGAGGUGGUAAAACCCAGAAAGGUGGAGUUGUAUGAUCUGUAUCUACGUCAGUGCAUAUUGGAUUACGACAUCAGCUGAAAUGUUUAAAAUUUCAAAUUUCAAAGCUAAUAAAGACGGUUUAAUGCGAAUUCAAUCACAAACGACCAGAAAUCUUUCUCAGUGUCUUCAGUGUAAAUUCAAUGGCAAACGUUUCCACUAGAAGUCUUUCUCAGCGUCUUCAGUGUAAAUUCAAUGGCAAACGUUUCCGCUAGAAGUCUUUCUCAGCGUCUUCAGUGUAAAUUCAAUGGCAAACGUUUCCGCUAGAAGUCUUUCUCAGCGUCUUCAGUGUAAAUUCAAUGGCAAACGUUUCCACUAGAAGUCUUUCUCAGCGUCUUCAGUGUAAAUUCAAUGGCAAACGUUUCCACUAGAAGUCUUUCUCAGCGUCUUCAGUGUAAAUUCAAUGGCAAACGUUUCCACUAGAAGUCUUUCUCAGCGUCUUCAGUGUAAAUUCAAUGGCAAACGUUUCCGCUAGAAGUCUUU